GAAAGAUAUUAAUUCAUGCGCACAGAGAGAGAGAGAGAGAGAGAGAAGAGAAGAGAAGUUGAUCAUAAGUUCUUACUCUUAAUUGUGUUAAUGCAUAAAUGCAGGAUGGCAUCUGUAAUAUCUAAAAUGGGGUUUCUGUUCCUGGAGCAAGGCUUCAAUAAGCUGUUGGUUCCUAUUUGCAUCAUGAUAAGUGUGUGCUCAAGUGGUACAGGCUUUUAUUACCAGACACGUGGUCUAAAACAUGGGAGGGCUAUUGUAGUUUCUACAUGUGCAGCUGUGGCAUCAAUUUUGACCGGUGUACUUGCUGGGAUGCUUGCUUUGGGUGAGCGACUACCUUCGGCCCCAAAUGCUCGCCUGUUACUUCUUCUUGGAUGGCUACUUAUUAUUUUUGGUGUGAUUUUACUUGUUGGUUCAACAAAGAUAGUGAGGAUCCUUCGAAAUUCUUCACAACGCCUGAAAAGCAGUGUCGAUAAGAAUUACGGCCCUAGAAGAUCUGGAACUUCCCGUAUUAGGGAACCUAGCCCAACUGCUGUCAUUCAAACAGCAACCUUAAAUCAGUUACUUUCAUCAUCUUCCAAAGAAAAAGCUUGAUUUGACAUGAGCUGGAAAAUGACCCUUGAUCCAUUCUCAGGAUUCAACCUCAUCCCAUAAGAAAGACCCCUUUUGUCAGGCUAGGUUAUUUGUAUACUGUGGCUGCUUUAUCAGAGGGCAUGAAUUUUUGGGGAUCAUUCCUUCUGGUUCACAUAUUUUACAUGAAAAUUUAUUAACUUUCUGACGCCACUUGUAUAAACUAUUCAUGAAUUUCUAAUAUUUCUCAAUACUGUAUAUGAAGAUGGUAUAGCAACAUACACAAUGCUAACAUAGCAUGGAAACAACUUGUAGGCUGCAGUGCAGAACAUGUUUCCUAGUUUCCAAUGCUAAUUUAGUAGCAAUGUUAUUUGAGAACAGGUCUGACUUCAUCCUCUGGAAAUUUUCAUCGGGGCAUAGGGGCUGAUUCUAUCAAAAGGUUACAAGCCCUUUGUAGGAGGGCAACAUAAAGAUGUUUUGAUCCUGACAAUUAUAUGAGGGAGUUUACUUUUGA